UUUCAAAACAACAAAGAUAAAAACAUUAAUACUUUCGAGGAUAUAAUAUAUACAGGAGUACAGUAAACUAAUAUUUAAACAAUAAUACAUUCUCUUCGAUAUCACAUAGCACGAAAUGAGCGUUAAAUAUAAAAUUAAAUUAAAUUAAUAUUUAAAUAGAAUUAAAAUUUGAAGGCACGAUCUUAUGUCUUGAUUUAUUUAUUAGAUCUGGAUAGGGUGUUCUUGUUUAUAUAUUCAUUUGUAGUUCUUGUUUUGUCCGUACCUAUCGCUGAAGUCGCAUCGUUACGAGCGAAAUGUGAUGGACAUUCUUUAAAUAAAAACAUAACAAAUGCACGAGUCCUCGAAAGCCAUCGAAUUGUAGUGACGGGAAAAUCAUAUUUUAUCUGACGUAAACAUUUUAAACACGUUUCUGUUAUAAGGUUAGAAUAAGAAAAUUGACAUUAGUUUUCAUGUUGUCAGUGAUUGAAAAUAUUUGAGAAAGUUGGUAAUCGAAUAUUUAACUUUUGUAUUUUACUCUGCGAUAUCUCAAAUAUUUUUCAUUUAUUAUGAACGAUUCUACAUCAAAUUCACAUACUAAAAAACAAUCAGCUGAAAGAAUGAAAAGUAGAAAAAAAAUGAGUAAGGCGCAAAUACAAUUAGCAAUUAUUAAAAAGAAACAAUGCGAUGCUAGAGCUUUAAAGAUUGUUGAACAACUGUUAGAGCCCGUUGUUGAAAUACAUUGGCUCCUUCAAAAUUUACAACAUAUCAAUAAAAGUCAUAUGGAAGAUGUAAUCGAAGAAAGAGCAAUAGUAAAAUUAUGUGGUUAUGUUCUAUGUAAAAAUCCUAUAACAGUAAUAAUUACUCAACAAUUUCAUAUAUCUACAAAAAGGAACAAAGUUUAUGAUGUUACACGUAGAAAAAAUUUUUGUAGUUCAUAUUGUUAUGGAGCAUGUAAUUAUCUUCUUGAGCAAAUGCUGACUAGUCCACUUUGGUUAAGAGAACAAGAGGAGAUACCAGUUUUCCAUUUAUUAUCUUCAAAUCUUCAGACGAAAAAAGAUAUGCUUGGAGAUGAAGUAUAUGUAAAUGAUAUAGAUAUUCUAUCAGAAAAUGAUAAAGAAUAUAUAGAACCUGCUGAAAAAUUUGAAGAAGCAAAAAGUCAGAUAUUAAACAAAGUAACAAAUGCUUGCAAUAAAUUACCAGAUAGCAAUGAUAAAGUAUCAAAUAUUAUAUCAAAUGAACAUAUGGUUUUUGAAAAUACGUCUUCAGAAUAUUUCAUACCUAAAAGUGUACAAACAGAGGAUUCCAAGGCGCAUAAUAAUUUGAAUAGUUAUCAAGAUAUAAUCGCAGAUAAAAAUGUAUCUAAUUUACCUAUAAAUAUUAAGCGUUCUAGUGAAAAUAAUGAAGAUUUUAAUGAACAGAUUGAAAUUGUUCAAAAAUGUUAUGAAGUACCUGUUUUGGCAAAAAAUUCUAAAACAUUGUUAAAUUGUGAAAAACAUGAAGAAAUAAUAGCAAAUAAGUCUAAUAUACAAAUAGUUGAAAAGGAGUGCAAAGAAGAUAAGAAAAUUAAUGAAUUUAUAAUAAUCAGGCAAAAUAUCUUGGAUAAAAAAGAAUAUCCUAUUGAAGAUAAAAAAGAUAAAAAUGAAAAUGUACAAGAAAUGAACAAUAAUAAAAUAACAAGAAAUGCAUCCACAAAAAAUAUGAGGAAAAAGAAAAUAUCUGAACAAGACCCUGAACAAUCUUCUACCAAAUUUUAUACAUUAAUUAUGCGAGUUGAGAAGAGUGUUAAAGAAUGGAUUACAGAAGAUACUAUUUCUUUUUUACAAGGAGAUUCUGAUAUAAGACUGCAAUUAAUGGAAAAUUUUAUUCAACAUGAGAGAUAUGUACAAUUAUGUAAAAAGUUAAAUAAGUUACAACUACAAGAUGAGAAAGAAGAUCGUAUAGAUUUAUCUAGUAAUACAUUAAAACCAUUACCUCAUUUUUCUAUAUUACGAGAAGAAGCAGAUAAAAUUGAAUUAAAGGUGAACGCGUUUUACGAAGGGCGUAUGGUAAUAGAUCAACCUAAGAAAGUUGUAGAAAAUAGUGAAACAUGUACAUCAUAUCCCAUAUUACCUUUAAUAGAUGCACAUGCACCCAAGGCGUUACGUCGUAAAAUCUUUUUGGACAAACUUCAUAAAAUAUUGCCAGAUUUGUUGCAUAUGUUAGCUGGUAGUACUCAAUGUUAUACAUUAAUAGAGUACAUACAUGAUAAUAGUAAUAGUACGUUAAUAAAAGGUUUAGUGAAUACUUUUUCAUUGUCUGCUUUAAAUAUAGUUUUUAAAACUGCUGAAUGGACUCUUGUAGGACUGAUAAUUAUUAAAAUGUUAAGCAUAAUGGAUCCACAAUUGAAAAUCUUAUUAGCAACAAAGCAAGCAUCAAUGUAUAUAUCAAUGGUACUAAUGUCAUAUAAAUUAGAUUCAUAUUAUUUAGAUAGGUUUCUAAUUGAAUUAACAAAUAAUCCAAAAAUAUUUGAAAUUAAAUAAACUUGAAGUUGAUAUGGUAUGAAUAAAAAAUUAAGACCCAUUGGUUAAAAAUGAAAUAUUGAAGCUACACAUAUACGUCUUAUGUGUCUUAUUUUAUUUUUUAAUAAAUAUUAUAUUUACUAUUUAUACAAUAUAUUGUCAUCAUUUCAUUAGAAAUCGAAUUUGAUAACGCAGUAGGAACACCCGUCAUUGGUGAAGGGGGACAAUCUAAUCCUAAACUAUCAAUUUGUGUUGAUGGUAAUGGAUCUUGCGUGGAUCGAUUACCCACUUUAUCUCUUAAAGCUUCAUAAAGGAUAUGUACAGCCUCAUUAUGCUAAAAAUAAUUAAAAUAUUAGCAAAAUAAUAUAAAAUAUAAUUAAAAGCUAUUGAGAAUAAUACCUGACUAGUUGGUUGUAAGGCUUUUAGUAAUGAAUGUAAUCGCGUGGGUGGCAAUUUUGGAUGAAUAUACCAAAGCAAUUUUAGUAAAUGGCGCGUUACAUUAUCUCUGCUUAAGCCUGCCAGAAAGAAUUCAUCAAAUAUUACAGUACAAAAGGACUCGUUAGAAAACUCAUCUGCCAUGUUUAAUAUUAAUAAUGAAACCUGGAAAGAAAUAAUACAAUCUUUUACAUAGUUUCUUUUACAAAUAGAAUGAUUUGUUUACAUACCAAAGUAUGUAGAAAAGGAUCUUCAAAAGCACGUUGCGCUUGACAAUUUGGUAAAGUUGCUAAUACUCUCAUUAAACCUCUAGCAUCUCCUCUUCCUCUUCCUAUACCACCACCACCUCCUAUAUGUAAUGCAUAAUACAUAGAUAAAACUGCAGCAACACCAGAUAAUUGUGCAUAUGCUUGACAUGCAUCAGGAGGUGGGCCAGAAUGUUCUAUAAUAGCAAUUGCACUUUCCCUUUCAUCAGGUGGUAGUUUACAAUUUAAUUGUCUAAUUUGAUCAUCUACCUACAUAAUAAUAAGAAUAAAAAUUAUGUGGAAAGUAAAAUUAAUAUGUAUAAAAAAUUAAAAGAAA